UAAUUUCUUGGCUGUGAAGUAGUGUGAACACCUCGUGCCCUGAUGGGGGACUCAGGAUCCAGGCGAUCGACUCUAGUGUCUCGGUUGCCAAUAUUCAGAAGAAGUAUUAGCCGGAGACAUGACUCCCUCCCUUCUUCGCCUUCCUCUGCCAGCGCUGUGGGUGUGCACACCUCCUCCCCAUCCAGCACAAACUCCAGCUCAGGGAGCACAGGCAAGCGCCGGAGCAUAUUCCGAACUCCUUCCAUUAGCUUCCAUAACAAGAAGGGGGGGGAGCAAAAGCCUGAUGCCGCUAGCCAGAAUGUUAACAUCUCAAAUGGUGCCCAGCCCUCUCUCAGCACUUUUCAAAAACUGUGCCUGGAGGAACACAUUAAAAGCAGAGGAAGGCAUUCGGUUAGUUUUGGCAGCUCGCGUAGCAAGAAGAUAACAAGAUCUUUGACAGAUGAUUUUGAAAAAGGAAAGGAGCCUUCAGCUAAUAAGAAUGUCUUUAUAAAUUGUAUAAGCUCUGGCAAAAAUGAGGGUGAUGAUUCUGGCUUUGUGGAGGAACAGAGCCGCUACUCUGUCAAACAGUCCACACGAAAACUUCUCCCUAAAUCUUUCUCAUCACACUACAAAUUUUCCAAACCGGUUCCACAGAGUCAGUCAGUUUCCUCUGUGCAGCAGACUGGCUGCAUGCUGGAGAUAAAAUCCUAUGUUGAAAGUGAGCCAGUGAUUGCUGCAUCCUCCUCUCCAUGCUCAGCUGAGGUGACAGAGUGCAUGGGGAGUGCUUUGCAGUCUCCACUGCUCUCAGCUGACCUCACGGCUGUCCAGACCCCUUCUGACUUCAUAACCUUGACGGAGGAUUCUGUAUCAGAGGUUGAUGCUCUGCCCAGCAGUGGGAAUGGAGUGCUGCUAGCAGAGGAUUUUGGCCACAGUGUCUCUACCUCUCAGAUAAUCUUUAAUCCUAUUGCUGUUCCGGUGAAGGAAAUGGAUUAUAUGGGAAGUACUUGCCAGUCUGCUGCUGUAUCUCCUGCAAGUCAUGCAAGCUUGUGUAGUGUUGAAUCUAAUAGCUUGCGCAAAACUUCAGCUGCGAAUCAAACAAAAGUAUCGUUGCAAGCCAAUGAACUACAUGUUACAGAUGCCAGGCACAAAGGAGAAAUGAACUCAGCAAAGGUGGAUUUAGAAACCUUUGCGUUACAGCAUAAAGAAGAACUGGGAAUGCACUCUCCAGCAGCAAAGGAGUUGAGUGGGGACCGAGAGGAAAGCAUGUUUUCCAAGCACAGCAGAGAAACAAUUCCUAUAACGGAGCCUAAGAUUAUUCAAUGUUCUGAGCCUCGGUCCUUUAAAACACAGCAGGGAUACGAAACAAACUAUCCUAACGUUGAUCUUGCCAAUAGCUUCAGUCCAUACCGAGAAGGCAGAUUUAUUGAGAAGAGACUCAGAUCAUCCUCGGAAGGCACUGCUGGAAGCAGUCGACUGAUCAUAAAACCGAAGGAUAGCAAUGCAGAAGAAAUUAACAGCCUACGGAAGCAGAGAGCAAGCUCAUCCUCCUCAAAAAUGAACAGCAUGGUUGUUACACUGUAGAAAGUAUUGUACAUUUGCAGUGAAGAGCUUGUUGCAGUUGUGCUUUGUAGAUUUGCCUGGGAUAGAAAUACUGGGAGAGUCAACUACAGCAAAAUUCAGUGUGAAUAUUGCUGAAAUGCAAUACAGUGGGCAGCAUUUUGAGUUUUACUGUUGUAGUUAUUUCACGGAGUCAUGCACAAUGAGAAUGAGAUGAAAUUGAGAAGUUUUGCAGUGAGGAAUUUGUUCGUAAGGAAGCUCAUUAUGGAAAGGUUGGAUAGUUCCUUUCAAAACAGGUGAGAAAGUUCAGUGCUUUCACCCUAAGAGCAAAGUAAGGAUGGAGAGGAAAUCUUCCCUUCUGAGAACUCUUGAAAAUCCCUCAGACUGGGAAAUCUAUGACAGGUCAGAUUGAUGUGUAUCAGUGCUUCUGAAACUUUGUAGGGUGAAACAGUAAUAAUAUCAGUCCUUUCCUUUUAUGGGCUGUCCUAUAGGAAGUGAGAAUGAACAUUUUAGGAUGAAUGGAAUUUAUAUGUGUGCAUAUACUUUCAGGUGAGAGUUUAAAAAAAAAAAAUAAUUAACAAAAAUACAAGACAAUGGCAUCCACUCUUCAGCUUAUAUAAAUCACUAAAAUAAGUUGUGCAGCUGUUCUGAGUACUUUAUUUGAUAUUCUAAUUGAAAAAAGAAAGAUUCAUUGACACUCAUAUUUGAAAAUUUUCUAGAGAAAGGAAAAAAUCUGGAAGUUAAUUACUCUUGCCCAGCUCUAUAAAGAGCUUUUUUUUCCUCUUUGGUUUACUUAAAAGUACUUAACAGCCUUUGUGUUGUUAUGGUCUAGCACCAUUCUAAGAGUCUCUGAUGCAAACACAACUGCCUUUUCUAAGAGAGGUUUUAUUUGCAGUUUUUCAAAAAUGUGAAACUAAUUUGUGCAAGCUCAUGCUAGAUGUCCAAAGCACAUUAUUCCAAAACACCAUGAUUUUUUUGCUUUUGCAGACAGACACAAAAGCUCAACAACUGAUACUGUUAUUUAGGUUCUGUUUAUGACUGUGUUACCUUGCCUGCCACUGAGGGUAGCAUGUUUUUUCUCUCUCAAGGAAGCCUAAAUUUUAUCCCUGUCAGAUUCGCCCGUACUGAUUCCUGUUCAGUGAUUUAAAAGUAGGUCCCGAAACAAUUAAAUAAUGUAGUAUGAAUUCCCCUUAAGGAAGCUGUUGAAUUGGGGGUUUUCUUAAAAGAUUGUGAAGUUUGUCCUUUGGUUGUGGUAAAUCUUACAUCUAAAUGUGCUAUCUAAACAUUAAUUCAUAGACUUAGUAGUUCUGCUCUCCUAUGGCAAGAGAAAAUGACAUCAUUACAGAUGACAUUUUUACUAUGUACAGCCAAUGCACAAUAAUUUUAUAUGUUGUACAGGUUUUUAUGGCCUAUGUACCACUGUCUUGAAACACUCAAUUGAAACAGAAUUACUUGAUGUCUUUUACAUGAACACCUGACUCACUUUGUACGACCUGUGGAGUGUGGAUUACUUACUUGAAUGACAGGAUUAUUCCUUCCUCAAUACUAUCAUAUUGUGCAGAUAAACCAGUAUUGAAUAAUUAAUUUAAUUUUAUACAUCUGCUAUUCUUCCUCCUUUCUAAUUUGUUGCUAGCUUGU